AGGUUGUUCGAUUAUGGUCAUGGACGUGUUCCUCCUCCACCCCGUGCUGUCAUCCCUCUGAAACGCCCCAGAAUAACUGUGCCAGCAACACGCAGAGGAAAAGGAGUCUUCUCACUGAAAGGGGCAUCACGGUCUGCCUCCUCUUCAUCCGGCUCCAAAUUAAAAUCUGAUGAGCUUCAGACAAUCAAGAAGGAACUGACCCAAAUCAAAACCAAGAUCGACUCUUUGCUGGGCAGGCUGGAAAAAAUUGAAAAACAGCAGAAGGCUGAAGCAGCAGGUCAGAAAAAGCAGCUGGAAGAUCAUUCCGAUUUGGCUCAAGAAGAAUGUAAGUCUGAAACGGCUGAGAAUUCCAUCGAAGAACAUGUUGAAGGAGGACAUGAUGCAGAUGGAGAAGAGAUGACAGAUGGAAUAGAAGAAGAUUUUGAUGAAGAUGGGAGCAAUGAAUUGGUAUGCAAUUUUGAUUUGGCCUUGGCUGGCUUUCUGACAACUGCAGAACUUCCCAGAAAAUCUGACAUGAGCUCUCAUAUACUGUUUAGACAUGCCUCCAAACUUUCUGAGAUUGGAAAGAGUGGCAUCUUCCCACAUUAA